AUGACUUACAGUGAUCCAGACAUGUUGUUGGAAAUCAUAAAAUGGAAGCAGGAGUACGAAAAUCGGAGUCUGCAGGAUUCCGACAUUCAUCUACACUUCUCGAAUGUCGCCAAAUCGUUGCUUCACUUCGACCAACAAAUCGCCCCAUCGGUUCAUGUUCCGACAGGAGGAACGUUCGUGUACGAUGAUGCGAGUGCCCGGACCAAGGUUAUUCAGUUGUUGGAGGGUUUCAUCAGCGACGAUCCGGAACAUUUCAUCGAAAAGCUGAAGGGCACCCAAAACGUAUCAUCCGUGUGCGGUCGAGUGUUUAAAAUCGGGGAACCUACCUACAGCUGCCGUGAAUGCAGCAUGGAUGCCACUUGUGUGCUAUGUUCAUCAUGUUUUAAAAAGUCAACCCACCGACUGCAUAAAUACAAGAUGGCUACAUCGGGUGGUGGUGGUUGCUGUGAUUGUGGUGAUCAAGAAGCAUGGAAAAAAGAUCCCGUCUGUGAAGGACAUGGCCAAAGUAAUUCUGAUCAAGGCGCAUCGCAGCAACAAACAGCGCCACUACCCGAAUCGGUACAGGGCCGCUGUCGAUUCGUGUUUCGUGUCAUACUGCAUUAUUGCAUGCGUGUGCUUCAGAUGCACAGUGACGGUAAUCUGGUCGAGCUAGACGACGAAGAGAACUCCCACUGCACGAUACUCUAUAAUGACGAAACGCACACGUUCGAGCAGGUCAUACAAACGUUGACGUCGAUUGUAAAAUGUUCGCAGAAAGAAGCGGUCGAUUAUGUGACCAGUAUUGAUCGGGAGGGACGUGCCGUAGUCAAGUGUGCCCCCUUUGAGGUCUGUCGUAAAUUGAAGGAGGAUAUUGAAACCAAGGCAAUACGGUCGUCGAUGGGUAUGAAACCUUCCCCGCUGAAGGUGACAGUUCUCCACCGAAAUGAGGUGGCUUGUCAGCACCUGGCUAUGCAGAUCUUGUGCUGGAUGCAGGAGUUUUUGUCGCUUCACAGCACGUUCCGUAACAUUUUUGCCGCUCUGGUCUGUGAGCCGUUUACACCGUGUAACUUGAAGAUCAUCAUGAGCAACGACCACAAUCUCUGGAAAUCGGCCCGCACCUGCUGGCACCGGCUGCUCAUCUCGGGCAUGCUCAUGGAGUAUGAAAACAAAAAAAAUCUUGCAGUGGUCUUUACGCGCCAUUACGCACCCCUGAUGCAGGACUUUAUCCGCGACGACCACUAUCACUCGUUUUCGAUCGUUUCGUUAAGCGUGCAGCUCUUUACCGUUCCGACGAUCGCACACUAUUUGAUCGCUUAUGAGUCGGCCUUCUUCAAGCUAAUGCACACGUUCUACGCCGAAUCAAUUGAGAAGCACAUCAAAAACAGGCAACUGCAGUUUGCAAAAAACACCUCUUCAAUGAACGUGUUCAAACGUUCGGCCUACAUACUAAUCGAUCUGAAAUAUCUGCUUAGUUUCCGGCCAGAGGAAGGCACGUGGACACAGGAGCUGCGUGCCGGUUUUCUGCAUGGUGUGCAGAUAUUGAUACGUCUGUUGAAAUGCAUGCAAGGUAUGGACGCUGUAACGCGUCAGGUUGGGCAGCAUAUGGAGUACGAACCGGAGUGGGAGACAGCAUUCACGCUUCACCUGAAAUUGUCGCAUCUAAUCACGCUUGUGCUAGAAUGGUGCGCCACUGAUCGUAUUGUGUUGGUGAAGGUGUAUCGAAUGCUGCUAACCGCGCUUACGGAAGUAAAAUUCAUAGUGCAUGAAAUGAACGUGGUCACUCGGGAAGUGGCGAACCAUGGCGCCUCCUGUCUUACAUACGACGUGUCGUCGAGGCCGGUAUCGGUGCAUCUGCCGUUAACCCGUUUUCUGGCUGGGCUAUACCUCGAAAUUGAACGCUACGGUUUGACUUACGAUACCAUUGCGCCAAAUUGCCCUGAGCGCCCGACUCCCGAACGUAUAAUUGAACCUGUCCUGUGCACACGUACAAUGAUUUCGCAAGUAUAUGCCGGGAUGUGGCGCAGGAAUGGAUAUGCCUUGUUGAAUCAGAUUUAUUUUUAUCGCAACGUUAAGUGCCGGUACGAGAUGCUUGAUCGGGAUAUUGUGAUCCUGCAGAUUGGCGCAUCGUUAAUCGAGGCGAAUGAAUUUCUGAUUCAUGUUCUGAACAAGUUCAAGUUGCUACAUUGGUUAGAGAAUGAUCAACCCGAGGCACCAAGGCGCUUAGCGGAAGCAGCGAUGGUCGAGGAGGACUAUGUGCGACAAACGGUUAACUUGGUAGACGAGUUUCUUGAGCUGCUCAUUGCGAUCGUUGGUGAGCGAUAUGUUCCAGGAGUGGGAGCGGUCACUGAAAAUGAUCGAAUCAAAAAGGAAAUCGUACAACAGCUUUGUAUCAAGCCACACUUGCACUCGGAGUUAAACCGGGCUCUGAACGAAGAUAAGUAUAGCGAGACAGCGAUUGAAUCGGUCAUCGAGGAUGUGGCGGUAUUCGAAAGGGCUACAGCAACUGGAAAAAAGGGUGUUUACCGGUUGAAACCUGAAUACUACGGUUGGUACAAUCUCUACUUCUAUCACUACACGAAAGAAGACAAAUCAAAGUCGGAGGAAACGCAACGCAAUCGAUGUAAGGAACGAAACGAGCUAGUGUGCUGUCCACCUCCAGCCCUGCCGAAGCUAACGGAACCGUUUAGCAUUAUACCUAACAUACUGCAAUGCGACGUGAUGCUAGAGGUUAUGAAUGUAGUGCUGACCCGAGCCCUGGAUCUGAAGGCGAUCAGCUUUUCUGAGGGACAACUACAACGCCUGCUGCACUUGAUUGGAUACGCAAUUCAGGAGGAAGAGACUGGAUACUAUCCGUAUCUAAAGUUUUGCGAACGUAGUCAAAAGAUCAAUCUUCUUUGGAUGCUAGAGGAACUCGCCAUGAGUCAACGUGUCGAAUCGCAGCGCGAUCUAUUGCGCUGGAUAAUUCAACGCUACAAAGCACUCGAAACGAAAAACAAAACUUUGCAAAUGGAUUCGAUCAAGGAAGAAAUUGAGCUGGGCGUACCAGCAUCUUCAUCCCAGGAGGAUAGCGAGACGCCGCAGGUGGAGAAGGAGCAGCGUGCGAAGCUGGCGGCCAAACGUCGCGCCGAAAUCUUGGCACAAAUGCACCAUGCUCAAAUUAGCUUCAUCAACGCGAACGCGGCUAUGUUUGAGCACGAAGAAGCCCUGGCAGAUGCACCAGUCGAGGAAGAUAUGGACUGGGUACCAUCCACAUCCUCUAUCCCCGUUUGCAUGGGUCCAGAGCGCGCAGAUGUUCGGUCAACGGAAGGGGCUGUGUCGCACCGUUAUACUUGUAUUCUGUGUUCGGAGGAAUCUGUGCUGUCUGCUCGCAAUACCACGUGUAUGGUCUAUGCCGCGUUUGUUCAGCGCUCUUCCGUUCUUUCCCGCUACCAACAAACCAACGAGGAGGGUCAGUUGCAGUACAUUGAGACGGACAUUCACCCUUCCCCACACAUCAGCACUUGCGGCCACGUGAUGCACGCCGAUUGCUUUGAACAAUACUUUAACAAUGAGAUAAUGAAGGAAAGUCGACGCCCUUACCGCAAUCGAACGCCGCUUUUGUUCGACGUCGAAAAGCGCGAGUUUCUCUGCCCCUUGUGUCGUUUUCUGAGCAACUGUCUCCUACCGCUCAUUCCCCCGCUCGAUGCAAUCGGCGUGAAUGAUGGCGGGCUGUGCCUGCCCGAGGUCCGUGACGCGUGCCGCCGGAUGCCACAGCAGUUUGAUUUUGAAACUUGGUACAACUACAUGACGGACUUUUUGUUUUACAUGAAGUUGGAAAUGACGCAGAAAAACAAAACUCAGGCGCGGCCCGCAUCGCACCACUCGGCCGAAAAUCCGGCCGCCGAUCAGUACGUGCUGCCGGAUAUGACGAUGCCGGCUUCCCCCACCCAACAAAACGCCGCCAAUACUUCCAGCAGCACCAACGGCAGCUCAUCGCUUGAUACCACCGUGUCGAUGGAUGAAGAUGAGAUUCUUGACGAAGAGGAAGAAGAAGAUCAGCAACCUCAACACGAAAAUGGCGGAAGCGACGACGCAAUUAUGGGCGAGUUUGACGGAAUCGGUAGUGAAGAGGUGGUGCCCGGUGAGGUCGAAGAGGAUCCCCUCGCAUUGGACGGCAUCGAGUGGAGCGAACUAACGACGGAACCGCUGCGCACCACAGUGUUGGCAAAACUGGAGAUGAGGUACCCAAAGAUUCGGCUCAUACCACCGAUGAGUCCGCAAGCCAUUGCCCAGUCCGAGCACUUGUUUGACACCGACAUUCAAGACUAUCUCCACAAGUUUUGCAUGGCUGUCGGUGAGGUGACAACCAUACCUCCCGUCGCCAAGCACUUCAAUAAUUAUCUGUCCGUGUGGCUCGCCUGCUCCUACACCAUUAAAUCGCUCGAAAUGUUGCUGCGUGUGAUGGAUCGGCCGCUUGGUUCGGAGCUCUCGAUACGUUACUCAAGCUGUCUGCGCGGGCUGGUGCGCGUGUCGUGCGUGCUCGGCUCGAUAAUGCACACUGUUUCGUACCGUCCAAGUAUGUUGAACUAUCUCGUCGACCUGUACGAGACACUGUUCGGGCACAAGCAGUCUGCUUCGUUCUUCGAUUGGGACUUUUUCGGUAUCCUCAACACGUGCUUGUUUGCAACCCGGCGCGUACUCUUUUGUACCAUGCCAACCGAGCGCAUUCCGAAAGGUGAUGAACUCGAUCGGUCAAUCGUUCAGGCGGUCUUUCUUCUUAACGUGUUGCGUACGCUCGUAACAUCAGCAUGUGGCAAAAUCGGAACCGGUGCUGCUGACGCCGACAAGGAGACCACGGCCACCGGUUCCGCUUUGGACGGAAGUGAUAUGCAAAAUGACGACCGAACGAAGGUAGUCGAUGAUGAACCUGUAAGCGAAGCAGACCAGCAAGCGAUGAAAAACCUUCUGUACCUAUUCAGGGACUUCAAUAUCCAUUACGAGCCAUUUACUGAAAGUGAAAUAACGGAGGGCGUCCAUGAGCAUAAUCAGCGCGAGCGCGAGAAUGCGGCCUGGGAACGGCAAAUAGUACGAUAUAUCUUGCGUGACAUCCGCACUCAAAGCCAAACACUGCUCCGCUGCUGCUGCCUGUUGUUCCACGGUAUCACCGACGUUGAGUUACCGAAGUGCACCGGUGAUAUACAGCAAGAUUUCUCCCUGAUGGUAACAUACCUAGGCAUUGAGGCGGAUCCUUUGAGCUAUUUCCGCCCGCACGCUGCAUCGUUACACUUCAUGUCGGAUUUGGCAAUGUGCAAUUUAGAGCAGAUCAAUCGCAUGCGCAACGCCCGUGACGAGCAACUGUUGGCCAGUGCAAUGUUCCUCCGACCCGGUGGGCCGCCGGUGCGCCAGCUGAUCGAUCUUCCAGACGAUUACAGCGAUCUGAUCAACAGUGUGUCACUUUUCAUGUGCCCGAACAACAUCCGAGACGAUUCGCGCAACCCGACUAUGUGCCUGGUGUGCGGUGAAAUCCUCUGUUCUCAGUCGUUCUGCUGCCAAAAGGAGUUGGACAAAAGCCUGGUCGGCUCGUGUACUUACCACACGUACGAAUGCGGCGCCGGCAUCGGGAUAUUUCUGCGCGUGCGCGACGCCGAAAUACUUCUGCUCGGGAUCAACAAAGGUUGCUUCGUACCGGCCCCAUACCUGGACGCCUACGGGGAAACGGACCAGGGGCUGCGUCGGGGCAACCCACUGCGACUGUGCAAGGAACGCUACCGGAAGCUUCACCUGACGUGGUUAAGUCACGGAUUACAUGAGGAAAUUACGCGACGCAGCGAAGUUCAGCAAACACUUUUCGCAACUCAAUGGCAAAACCUGUAAGAGACUAGCUCACAAGUGGUAGCUCCUGGUGCACACCAAGCUGCAAUCGUUUCUGAGCACUGCCAGAUUCAUGGGUGGCCAAUCAGCACUCUGCUUGUCCAUCCAGCUUGUUUUUUUAUAUUUUUGUUAAAACCUGUUAAACCCUCUUGAUAUUCUUACUAAUCUUUUGACAUUCGACAGUGUGCUGACCACGUACACAGAUGUAACUGGCAGAGCUUUGAAUUUCAGAAACAAUUGUUUGUUGCUGUGAACAAGGAAGAGUGCCAGUGAAACAUGGCUGAAAGUAUUCCGAAUGGAGUUACGUGGACAAACCAAGGUAUUUGGUUAUGCUGCCCAGUUAUAAAGAGGUUUUUCAUUUGUAGUCGGUUUACCAGUUGGAGAUUUUGGUUUUGCUCACAGAUCUUCCCUUGUAUGAUCUCAAAGUGGUUCUAUCUUAUCGCUAUCACUAUCACUAUCAGUGGUUCUAUCUACAUUGCCAUAUUUUUCUUAUUUUCCUUCCAGCAUAUCUUACAAUGUUUUCGCUCCCUUUCUUUUUCUCUCCUUCUCCGUUUAUUCUAUUCUGUCCACACAGCGGCAUCUUUUAUAUACAUCUCUAGUUCUCUUAUUCACCAUUUUUUACAUUAUUUUUCUGUGGCAAUUGUUUAGAUGGAAGAUAGAAACGAACUGCUUUGGCGAAAACUGUUUAAGGUCAAUGUCUGAUAGGCUACUAUACUAUCAGCAAAACGAAUUCAGUGAUGAAAGAAGCUUCUUGUUUAACUUCUCUCAAAUGAUAAUAAAAACAUCAGGUUGGUAACGUUAGUUUAGCGUGCUAUGACAGCGUUGAAAAAGUUAUGUUUUAAUUUAGGUAGAAUCGCAAAUUAUUUAACGAUCGGCACAGUUGUGUGGUUGAAAUCAUAUUUUAUUUUCUUUAUUAUUAUUUUUUUUUGAAACCUCUUGAACCUUCUUGAUAUUCCCACUAUACUAUUGUUUAUGGUAACUGCUUACUGGAUUUUCCUUUUUUGCUAGUUGUUGCUGUUUGUUAAUUUGUUGCUAGCUAGCAGAGCUCGAGGGGAAAUUGCUAGACACUAUACACUGCAGUUGUUCUUUGUCUAGUUAACUCGGCCCUAUCGGCCAUUGCUUGCCGUUCAUUGUGGUGUGCUUCCCUUGUGGGCUGCUUGGGCAUCGCCCUUGAGAUGACCCCAUCUGAGCCAGUCACACGCUGUGUUGCCCUGGUCACCCGCCGCCCAGUAGCCUCUUCCGGAUCCAGAGCUACUGUGUCGCUUACAAAGUGUCUGUGGGCGCCUAGUCAGGCGAUGCUGCGCCCAAAGGCGAUCCCUCCUGUGUCAGUUGUUUGGUCACGGCUUCAGCCACCCGCGCGGCUGCUCGUCUGGCCACACAUGAUAGGUUUGUAGCGUUACGGCAUGGCAGGAAUGGGCAAGGUGUAUGGUUAGGGUCACUGCGUUCAAUAGGUGCUACCAAAAACCAUAACUUUUAUUUCUUCCAAAAGAAAAACAGCUCGUCACAGUACGCCAAAUAGACAGUAUACCGUCGUUUUGCGGAUAGUAUGGCCCUAUAAAGGUACUAUUUAUUUAUGUAUAUUUUUUUCAUAUAAAUUACAAUAUUUUGUAAUUUGAACAGCUCAGUAUCCGUGCGUGUAGAGAGAAGAAAAGGGACAGAUAUUGUAGGUUGACUCAAGUUCAUUUCAGUUAACGCAGAGGCAGGAGUCGAGGGAGUCGUAAACCACAAUUCGUAAGUCGAAAACCAAACCAAGAAAAAUUAGUAGAAGCAGCCACCGUAGUCUUAGUCUUAUAUUUAGGGUGCCCACGAGCAGGAGAACAAUCUGGAAAAGUUCACAUUUAAAAGCGAUCAUUUUGGGGCUAUUACAUUUGCUGGACAUCGUGGGGCUAUUACAUUUGUCGUUAUCGUUUUCUUAUUGUGUUUUUCAAAAAUUGUUUUUUAUAUAUCUAUUGCAACUGAACUAUGUUUACGUCGGUUUUUUCUGUGUUUCUUGAAUUAUAAGUAUAUGUUUCUCAAAAAUUUGAACUUAAAGGUGCGAUGGAUCUUAGCAGGUUUUGCAUUGAUGUCGCAAUUGUCUACAUCAUCGAUAAAGACGAUCCAAGACUAGAUGGUAUACGAGGACAUGUAUGUUUGUAUGUAUGUAAAUUGUAAAUGAGUAGGGAGAAAGUUUGCUAGAAUGAAAACGAGACUCAGAUGGUUAAAUGAUGUCGCGACCAGCUUGGUUUUGCAGUUUUUGAAACUAGCGGAUCUAAGAUCGUAUGUUCGCGCUAUUGUACCAUGAUCCAAGUUCAUUUGAUGCAAUUAAAAAAUGUCAUCAAUUUCAAACUAGAUUACUGAAAUCAGUUUAUAGAGAAGAAUGAUAAUGGAACCUACGAUCAUUUCACGUUUGAUUGCUCCAAAUUACGAAGGUAUGAACAAAACCGAUGCAUGAAAAGAGAAGAAGCGUAGAAGCUUAGUAAAACAGAAGUUAUUUGGGAGAAAGGAAAAGACAAAAAGAAUUCGUAAGUGUCACCAACGCGAAAGUUACGCAGUAAACUUUAUCGUGUGAAACGUGUCUUGUUACCAUCUCAUUUUUUAACUGCUUGUUUCAGGUCGUGUUUUUAGUGGAGCACGUAGCAAUUAACCUGAAGCUAACAUUGAUAACAAUGAUAUUGUAUGAUACACAUAUACAAUUACGAUCGGUUGUUAGAUUAGCAGCUAUUGUAACUUGUCCUUAAAUAAACGGUUAACU